AUGGGCGGCGCUGGCGACGAGGGGAGGCGGGCGCGGCCGCCGACGUCCCUAACAUGGGACAGGGCGACAGAGGCCACGAUCAAUAUCAAGGGGCUCACUCGGGAGGGCUACGCGGUAUACCAGCUAGCGAACCAAGACUUGGGGCGCUCGUUGCACUGGCUCCAGGACCAUUGGCUGGCCGAGCUCGGCGUGAAAAACUACGGAGCAUUCCACAAGUCUGAAAGGCGCAAGGGUUUGUUCCAGCACCUUAGCCACGCGCACGCUCUGGAUGCUGGCUCGCACGACCUCGGCGGCAGCGGUGGUGUCACUAGCGUAUCGGUGAGGACCGACUUGAUGCUGCCGUGGCUGCUGUACAAGUUCGUUCACAGUUCCGAUGACAGUGGGCGGUCCCCCAUUUCGAGCACCAUCGGCGCGUGGUUGCAGAUUUCGGUUGACGGGCUGAGCCGCGUUCCCGCGGGAGGUGCAUGCGCAGUUGAGGCGCACUCCGAAGGCAGGUUGACUUCCGAUUGCUUGACGCUGGACUUCGCCACUGGAGCAGUCGCAGGCUGGGGCGAGGCCGUUGCUGGCCCGCGCUUGUGCGAUGGCUGGGCUGCAUUCUUGGCGGGCGCGGGGAAGUUGAGCCACCUCCGCGCCCGAGGGGAUGCGCAUUCUGUCGUGUCGGUUCUGUUGUUCGCACUAUCGAAUAUGGCUUCGCGGGUUGGUGAACCUCGCCAGCGUUUUCAUCCAGGUGCUCAGGCUGUGCUUGCGUUUUGCUGCAAGGCGCUCGCCAUGGGCAUGGAGGCCUACAUCCUCUUCCACCACUUCCCGUUGCAGGACCCAGCCGUGCCAGACCGACUGGAGGAGCUGAGGUGCAUAGAACACCGUCGACGCCUCGACCCCCAAGCAAUCGUCGCCGCGAUGCGGAAGGCAAGGGAGGUCGCUGGCUCGUCCUAUCAGACCGUGACAGCGGUGACCGGAUCCAAGGAUUUGGACAGCAAGAUCAGCUACACGAUGGCGAGGAUGCACAGAGACAUGAUGAAGAAUGCGUUCCGUGGCGCGGCUUCUUUGGCGAUGGCGUGGGACCCAGGCGGGUAUUCGAGGCGGAGCUACAACGUCGGCUUGGUCGCCCAAACCGCGGCCUCUGGUGACCCCAUCGCAGGCCCAUCUCGCGUCGCGGUUGCCGCAGAUUUUGCCUUCAAGACGAUUCGCAAGAAAGUCGACUUGCAGUUCAUAGCUGACGACCCUGAGCUUAACGAGGCGUGGGCCUCGGACAAGAUGGACAAGGAGGCGGCAUUCUUGAACAUGAUCGUUGUACUCACUGAGCUCGCCCAGUUGACCGAUCGGCCGCUGACUGAUUUCUGCCUCGCACCAGGCCUGAACUUACGUCCUGUGCAGAAUGAGGAGAAACGACUUCUACUUGAGGGAGUGUAUGUCCUUUUCAAUGAGAGCCGGGUCGAGGCUUCAGUAGAGAUGCCACCUGAGUUCUGGACCUUCGAGUUCCCGAUUGUAUCGCACACGACAGAUCGCAGCUCCAUCAACUCAUCAUUAUUGCAUUUCUUGAUAGCGCAGAAAUACUUGUAUGUUCCCUGGUUCGACCCCAUGCAUGCUUUGUGGAAUUCUCUCAAGAACAGCGCUAAGCGCGUCGGGCCAUGGUCUGGGAGGAAGAAGGGAUACAUGUGGAAGAAGGUGUUGGAGUUUGUCACGAUCUGCAACAUGAACUCAGGACCGCAUCGAUCGGGCCAGUGGUUCGACCUUAAGAAGGACACUGGGAAUGGUAUGUGCAGCUGGGAUGUCGGGACGUUUGCUCGCCUGCAGGAUGCCUGUCGUCGAUGGUGCCAGAUCUACAACGAGGCCUCGCCAGAGUUCUUGGAGGUUGCACAUAAGUUCGGCGCUGCCAUUGGCGUCGACGCUGCGUCUAAGUCAGGCAUCGAAGAGAUCUCCGGCAAGAUGGGCACGAGUCGAGGGGCCACGGACGGAGACGUGCAGCGGGAGAUUUCGAAGCAGGCGGGCACGAUCAAGAAGGCGUUCUCUUUCAUCAGCGAUGACAUGUACAGUGCGCUUUCAGUUUUUUGCGCAUCAUCUCGUGCGCAGCGGCGCCAAUAUGGCCACAGGGCGAGCGAGAUCACGACCAUUGCCCCAGGGAGAGACUACGACUACAAACUUCAGGCUGGCGCCUGGAAGGCGGAGUUCAUACAGACCGUCAUCACGUGCAUGAACGACGUGGCGAUGAUCGGCGAGAUGGGUUUGAAAGCGACCGACGACCCAGAUGGCAAACGCGGCGCCGAGGCAUUUGAGUUCAUGGUGAGGGUUUUGAAGGAGAGGUACGAUUCCAUCGCGCCAGAGCUCUUCGGCUAUCCAGGGAAGUUUCGGCUGGCACUCGGUCGGAGCUUGAGCCCCCAGGAUCGGCUGAGACUGAGGAGAGAUAUCAUAAACUUCGAUUGGAAGCUCAUCCUGGAGGUGGAGAAGGCGUCCUUGUCCAGAGCAGACGCGAAGCAAGUACUGGGUGAUAUAUUCUGGGCGAGAUGGCCGAUCAAUCGAUUAACGUUUGGGCAGAAUGAGAGAGAAUUGGAAGCCGCACUCGACAUCACCGAUGGUUUCAUUCGAACCGCCACUGCCGCCACCGAGCACUGGCCAGAUUCCAAGGGGCCAGAAGACGUGCACCAGCACAUUCGAGACGAAGGUCGGGCCAAGCGGAACACGACCAUUGCUCCGAAUCGUUUGUACAGGGCGCAGCAGGAGUGCAACAUUGCUGGCUCGCGCGGCAUGAAGACCUUUCACGUGAGCGACGAGGAGGUGUCCCAUAACAUUUACCAUCGUGACAAUCAGGAGUCCAUCGCCGCCGAGUUCAGAGGCGACCCGAGUCUGAUGCCACCUGCACUCCGACGAAUACUCGACAGAGGCUACGAGUACAGCUCGCCGAGUGGGCAGUCGUAUGCAAAGGCGCAGUCAGCGUGGGCAUGGCUUCAAGCAUGGGCGAACAUGGGAAGCGAACGGCCAAACCUUCUGAGCUCAUGGCAUGGCAGGAUGGUCCCAGAACUUUCUAUAUUGUUGCAUCCAGCCUCUGGUUCGGCAAUGGUGGUCGUUAGCCAGCAGUUGUGGAGCCUAUUCGUGUGCGACCUCGACCGUGGUCGUAAAGGCGACGUAAGCUAUUUCAGGAUGCGGUCUGGCGCAGGCGCGUUCCACGACUACUUCGUGACCGACCCGACGAGCUACAAGGUAGUGAACAUAUCCAAGGUAAUGUUCCUCGCUGGCGUUGGCAAGGUGCUCUUGGUGUCGGAGGAGCCCAUGACGCCGCUGGCGGCGUCGCUGCUUGCAGGCAUACCCCUGGCACUGGACCACAUGAACAACAUCGCGGCCUUGAUGGGUCUAGACCUCGGUGAGUCUGCCAAGACGUCGGCGGGGGCCGCUCGCGAAAAGCUGACUGAGUUGACGUUCGCUGGGUUCCCAGACCUCAUCGCGAAGUGCACUGCCGCCCUCCACGCGCACGGCGAGAACGAUCUCGGCGCGGAGGAGCUCGGAGAGGACUUCAUCAGCAUGCUCGAUGAGAUCUUAGCCCACGACGCCCAGAACUGCAGCGAGAUCCAGGCGUUCCGCACUGUGCUGAAGCAACAGAGGGUGAAGCGCAUGGUCGAGAAGAGGAACGCCAGGCGAGAUGCCAAGAAGGCCGCCGCGAUCGAGAAGGGCAAGAAGAAGCUCGCCAAGGGCAAGCUUGCCUCGGGGGUCGGCGCAAAGCUGGCGGCCGCCAAAGCCUUGGCAGAUGGCGACCCCGAGCAACCUGAUGGCGGUCCAGCUGGGGGUGCCGUCGGAGGAUUUCCAGGAUGCCCCACAGGCGCUGGCGGCGCCGAGGCAUGCGCCGCCUCAGGUGGCUGUGGCGGCGGCAGCGGCGGCGCGCCAGGCCCAAUGCCGCUCCCGCAUGCGCCACCUGGCGGUCAUGGCGCUGGCGCCGCUGGCAUCGCCGCGGGCAGCGGUGAGGCCCCGCCCCUGCCGCCCCCUCACAAGAAGCCGAAGAUUGGCAAGGCGGACGGCGGCGCCCCGAUCGCACACGGUUCGAAAUUGCCGCGUUCAGAGCCAUUCGGGCCGUGGCAGAUCGCAGAGGUCUACACUGGUGGUGUGUGCGUCGGAUGGGAGGCGCGCUGCCUUGACCAUACCGACCCCGCAACGCCGCACCAGUUGUGUGUGAAGCAUUGCACCAUGGGCAAGGGCAAGGACGGCCAGCCUGCCUUGUCUUACGAGACGUGCAGGAGGCGGAUGAAGCAGUGGCUCCUGAUUGGGCGGGGGAUUCCAGAGAACCAGCGAACCCGCCACGUCUACACCGAUGCUCGGACCAAUGACCUGUUGCCCAGCUCCGAGGCUGAGCUCGACGCCGCGGCUGCGGCAGAACUUCGCAAGCGGAAAGCCGCUGCCAAGUGA